AUGACGCUCUGGUCUUCAUACAAAGCUCUCACCCCGAAAACGCGGGCUAUCAUCGGUGUUGCCCUUAUGGUCAAUGCCUCAGCCAUGCUGAUGUUCUCGGACAAGAUUGAAGCCGCGCUGGGGUUGACGCCGCCUCCGGAGGACGAGACCAAGCUGUUCAAGGUCUAUGGCGUGGAGCGGGAGACUAAAGGCUGA